AUGAGUUUUCGAGAACUCUGUAAUGACUUUUGUGUCAGUCAGGCAAAGAGUGUGAAGUACCUUGAAAGGGCCGCACAAGAGGUGACUUUACCCAAAGAUUCUCCAACAAACUACCCCAAGUUACCCUACGAUGUGUCUAUUUAUAUCAAAAAGCUAAGUCUGUUUCUUUUUGAAGUGGCGAAUCGUCAAGACGAUCCCAGGCUUCAAGUCUGUGAGGUACUCAAUCGGGUGGUACUCAGCAACGAGGAUAUCCACAACGCAGUUCGAAGAAUCUCGGAGGUGAUCAAGGGGCUGGAUCAUGAAAUCAUACAGCUUGAACAGGUUUUCGCCAUGGUAAUUGAAAAUUUCGGUCAGGGUAUUUUUGCAUUGGCCAAGGGUGCUGGUCGACCAGGCAAGAGUCAGGAAAGUGAAAAUUACGAGGCAGGUCUAGCCAUGGUGAAGUUUUCCCAGAUGGUCAAUCCGCCAAGGCCAAAAAGAGAAGAGCUCAGGCAAGUCGAUCCGUGGAACGUUCCGUUGAACAGUGCUUGCGAUGUACGGAUCACCACGACCAAGGCUGGAAAGGAAUCGCCCAAGAUUCAAGGAAAAGGGUCCAAAAGGGCAGACAUGAAGCAGGCAAUUGGACGUCUUCAGCGGCUCAAGGAAGUCCCAAAUCCAGGCAAAGCGGCUUUCGACAGCCCAGGCCCUUUUUCAGAUUUAAAGCGUCUCGAGAUAUCCGUUCUGGAGCAGCUCUAUGUGGUGAUGAAUUUCUGUGAAGACCAGCUACGGUUUGCGCAUUGGUGGCUGGACUUUCUUGGAGGCCACAAGUACGAUUACUGCUAUGAACAGUACAUUGAAAAAUGCCGCUGGCAGGCACAAAACUCGGGACGCUAUAUUCAAAGAUUGGCCCGGCUACGUCAGCAGGUGGCCACCAUGGUUGGUUUUUUCAGCAGUAGGCCAAUUGACAAGGCUGAGGUUGACGAAUUCGCUCAGCUUGUUACGUCUAGUCUAGUUAUCUCCUCGGCCGAAUGGUACGAGCAGAUGGCCAUUGGGUUUAGUGGAGCGCUGUGGAGCGAGAUAGAGAGGGAAUACGGUGCUGCCGUGCUAGCCACUGAGCGAUGCUUGUCCAUGGAAGUUGACGAUGGCAGUAAGAGGAAGGUACAGAGUGAUCUGUCUGAUUUAAAGUGA